GAGCUCGACGUUCGUUUUUGAGCACCUUGAGUACGCUCCACCGACUCGAAUUGCCCCUCAACACCAACCACGACGGCCCUCUCCGCCUACGCCAGCCACAACAAGCACCAUGUCUGAGGCAGGCCUUUUCUCCCACGAUCUCCUGUCGCCCACUGUCGCGGCAUCGCUCCCUGAGGGCUAUAUCCUGCGAGCCCUGCGCAAGUCCGAUUACGACACGGGCUUCCUCGACUGCUUGCGCGUCCUGACCACCGUCGGCGAGAUCAGCGACGACAAGUUCGGCGAGCGCUACGACUGGCUGCAGUCGCAAGACGGGUACUAUAUCCUCGUGGUUGAGGACACCAGCAGGGGUGCCGUCGUUGGCACCGGUGCUUUGAUCGUAGAGCGUAAAUUCAUCCACAGCUUGGGCCUCGUCGGCCAUAUCGAGGAUAUUGCGGUCGCCAAGGACCAGCAAGGCAAGAAGCUCGGCCUGAGGAUCAUCCAGGCCCUGGACUUCAUCGCCGAGAAGGUCGGCUGCUACAAGAGCAUUCUCGACUGCAGCGAGGCCAACGAGGGCUUCUACGUCAAAUGUGGCUUCAGGCGGGCCGGUCUCGAGAUGGCCCACUACUACGAGGGAGACAAGAGCUCGAAAAUAUAGAGGAAGAUUUCCUGCGACGGGGCGUGGAUAGCGACGAAAAUGAAUAGACGAUCAAACUUCGGCCG